CGUCGGCCAUCUGUGCAGGAACAAGGCGAUAUUUCAGGGAGCUCGAGCCGCAUUCAUUAUUAUAAGAGGAUCGUUUAUUUAAUACAGAUCCUUUGAAAAAUAUAAACAUGCGGAUCGCCGUGGCGGUGUGCGGUAUUUUUGCAGUUGUUUUCGGUGUGGACGCAACUGUUUAUUUUAAAGAACAAUUUCUGGAUGGAGAUGCCUGGAAAAGCAGAUGGGCUGAAUCCAAACACAAAUCCGACUACGGCCAGUGGAAGCUCACCUCAGGAAAAUUCUACGGCGAUGCUGAGCUCGAUAAGGGUUUGCAGACCAGUCAGGACGCCCGCUUUUACGCCCUGUCCAGUCGAUUCGAUUCCUUCAGUAAUGAGGGGAAAACCCUGGUGAUCCAGUUUACGGUGAAACACGAGCAGAAGAUCGACUGCGGCGGUGGGUACGUGAAGGUCUUCCCCGCUGACAUGGAUCAAGCCGAUAUGCACGGCGACUCCCAAUACUACAUUAUGUUCGGACCGGACAUCUGUGGGUACAGUACCAAGAAAGUCCACGUCAUUUUCAACUACAAAGGCCAAAACCAUCUAAUCAAGAAAGACAUCAAAUGCAAAGACGAUGAACUCACGCACCUGUACACGCUGAUCCUGAACCCGGACCAGACGUACGAAGUGAAGAUCGACAACGAGAAAGUAGAAUCUGGCUCUCUUGAGGAAGACUGGGACUUCUUGCCGGCCAAGAAGAUUAAGGAUCCAGAGGCCAAGAAACCUGAGGACUGGGACGAUCGGGCCAAAAUUGAUGAUCCAGAGGACACCAAACCAGCAGAUUGGGAUAGACCUGAAAACAUUCCUGACCCUGAUGCUAAGAAACCAGAAGACUGGGAUGAAGAUAUGGAUGGAGAAUGGGAACCCCCAAUGAUCCCUAACCCAGAGUACAAGGGCGAAUGGAAACCAAAGCAGAUUGAUAACCCGAAUUACAAAGGCGUUUGGGUUCAUCCAGAGAUCGACAAUCCUGAGUACACCGCAGAUGACGCCAUUUACAAAUUCGAGAACAUUGGAGUUCUUGGACUCGAUCUUUGGCAGGUGAAAUCUGGAACUAUAUUCGACAACUUCCUGAUCUCUGACGAUGUUCAAGAGGCCGAGGUAUUUGGGAGAGAAACCUGGGAAGUUACGAAGGGACCAGAAAAGAAAAUGAAGGACCAACAGGAAGAGGAAGAGAGGAAAAAGAGGGAGGAAGAAGAAAAGAGCAAAAAAGAUGAUAAUCAUGAAGAAGAAGAAGAUGAUGACAACGAGGAGGAAGAUGAGCCAGAGGAGGAAGAACAUACAGAAGAACCCACUGAAGAAGAGGAUGGUGAGGAGGAUGUGCCCACUAAAGAUGAGCUGUGAAGCAGAUUUUAUUUGACCUGAUGAGAUUCUAUUCCUUAAUGAGCAGGAGCUAAUCUGUUUGUUUAAAUUUUUUCUAAUGUGGUGUGUUUUGGCCCCGCCCCCUUACAGUCACAUGUUAGUUUAUGUGUGUGUCCAUAACUUAAAGAUUUUAUUUUAGUUUUGCUGCUAGAAGCUUCACACAUCAAUAAUACGACCUGGGAAACAUUAGACUAGUAACUGUUUGGGUUUUCUGUUCUGUCAUCCAAAGGGGAAAAUUCUCAUGUCGUUUGUUGGAUUUGCACUUUUUUAAAUAAAUGAUUUAUUUUUAAA